AAAAAACAUAUAUAUAUAUACAAAAAAUUAUUGUCUGCUAUUUACUUUUUGACUCUCUAAAUUGCCGUCGACAGUUUUUCCCCCUCUCCGUCCCUUAAAAAAAUAAAUAAAAAUAAAACAAAGUAACUGUUUGGAAUUUUUUUUAAAUUCUUUUUUUUUCCACAACAACAUACCUCUGAAGUGUCAUGAUUUGUUAGUGUUAUCGUUGCCAUAUGCACUGGAUCAUUUUUAUUGGAGACCAGAAUGUGGGUGAAGCCAGAGGAAGUUCUGCUUGCCAAUGCUUUCUGGGUAACCGAACAGGAAAGUGUUUAUUUUGUUCUGCAACGACGAAAGGGUCAUGGUAAAACAAAGGGACUCACUUCAAUUUUGGUGGGAACAUUGGAUAGUGUUUUCGAUACAAAACCACCGCCUUUUCGUAUUCUUCAUCAAACACCGUCUUCCGAAGUUUAUUGGGUGGUCGCAUGUUCGUUGACGAGAGAUGAAAUUGUACAAGAUUGGAAAUGGCUUCAUGAAAAUUUAAUGGACACUUUGAAAUCAUUUGAAAAUAGCGAGGAUGAUAUAACAGAAUUUGUAUGCUGUAAAGUACAGUCGAUUAUUGCAAAUAAAGUGCCGGAUUGUCAAUUUGCAGACGAAGAUGACCCACAGACAUUUAAGACAGCUUCAUUUAAAUUCCAUCGACUUUUUAAUCUUCCAGUAGACGAUAAACUUGUAAAUUAUUAUUCCUGCAGUUAUUGGAAAUCACGAUUACCGAGGCAAGGAUGGCUUUAUUUGUCAGUGAAUCAUAUGUGUUUUUAUGCUUAUAUAUUGGCAAAAGAAACAAAAUUAAUAAUCAGAUGGGCGGAUAUUGUUGAGUUGGAUAAAACAAAUUCGCUUGUAUUUCCAGAUAGCAUUCGAGUUGUAACACGAGAUUCAAAAGAGCAUUAUUUUUCAAUGUUCCUUCAUAAAUCCGAAACUUAUUCUCUAAUGGAACAAUUGACAAACAUUGCAAUGAAACGAUUAAUUGACGAAAAAAGUGGUUUCAAUCAAGACAGAGAACUUCUAAAUAAGUUAAGCAAAAAUGUGCCUAAAAAGCCAUCAUUUCUAAAGAGGGACCUAGACGCAAGGGCCCAUUCGGAGGCCUAUAGAUUGCAAUUUCGAUUGCCAGGAAACGAAAAAUUAGAUGGUUGUGUGGAUGCAACUUUAUGGACACCCUACAACAAGAGACACAUCUGGGGCAAAAUAUUUCUAUCACAGAAUUAUCUUUGCUUCGAAAGUAGAGUAAAACGUGAAGUGAGUUUGGUAAUUCCAUUGAGAGAUGUGAAACGAACGGAAACAGCAGACAAUCAAUCAUCAAAUGCUGCAGUUGAUAAAUCAAUUCUUAUCACUACAAAUUCUAAUUCAUUUCUAUUUUCACAAAUUCUUGACCGGGACUUUGUUAUGCAGAAAAUUCGUGAAUUACUGGGAAAGACGUGUCAGCCAGUUUCCGCGGUGCUUGUGAGGCCAACAACGUCAAGUGGCUCUACAGUGACGAUUGAAGAGAUGCCAGUGGAAAUUUGGAGUUGUCAACCACCGUUGAUGACUCUAUUUAAGGCGCCAUUAAGUGCAGAGGCAGCGAUUAAACAACAGGCAAAGGAAAAACAAUGGGAACUUCAUUUCGCUGAAUAUGGCAGAGGAGUCACUCUAUAUCGCACCGUGGAAACGGCAAAACUUGUCAUUCAAGGUGUACCACAAGCUCUUCGUGGCGAAGUUUGGCUAACAUUCUCCGGUGCAAUCAAUGAAAUGGCGAUGAAUCCAGGUCUCUAUAAAUCACUCGUUGAUCAAUCAUUGGGAAAAUCAUGUCAAGCCAAUGAUGAGAUUGAACGUGAUCUGCAUAGAUCACUACCUGAACAUCCGGCAUUUCAAUCGGACACUGGAAUCAGCGCUUUACGACGUGUACUCUCUGCGUACGCCUGGAGGAAUCCACAAAUUGGAUAUUGCCAGGCUAUGAACAUUGUAGCGUCGGUACUUUUAAUUUAUUGCCCAGAAGAAGCGGCAUUCUGGCAAUUGUGUAUUGUUUGCGAAUCACUAUUACCCGAUUACUAUGAUCGAAGAGUUGUGGGCGCUCUCGUUGAUCAGGGCCUUCUCGAGGAACUUGCCGCUGAAUAUCUACCAACGUUGCACGCUCGACUCCAAGAAUUGGGACUUAUACGCGUUAUUUCCUUAUCUUGGUUCCUGACAAUUUUCCUCAGCGUUAUGCCGACAAGUAGCGCAGUGAAUAUUAUGGAUUGCUUCUUUUAUGAUGGAGCGAAAGUGAUUUUCCAGAUCGCGUUAAUGGUUCUCGAGUGGAAUCAGGAGAAAUUACUCAAUUGUCGUGAUGACGGUGAAGCAAUGCAAUUACUAACCGAUUAUUUAGGAGGAGUAUUCAACGAUGAAGGACCAGUAUUACCAAAACCAGUGGACAGCGGCACUCCAAAUCGGAGUAUUUCCGUACAGACGCUAAUUUUUGAAGCCUAUUCGCGAUAUGGUUCGUUGACAAUAGGUGGUAUCGAGAGAUUACGUUUAAAACAUAGAUUAAAAGUUGUUCAAAGUCUAGAGGAUGGGAUUGAGAAGAAUGUGAUUAGAAGUGUAAUCAAUGAUAAAUAUAUGACACUUGAGGAACUUCAGGAAUUAUUGUCAUUAGUGAGAGAGGAAUUGAUGAGCCAACGAAAAACUGAACCCGAUCGUUAUGAUCCAACGCAACCGCCCUAUGAGGCUUAUAAAAUUGAUUACGAACUUUUUAGAAUAUUAUUUGGUGGCCUAUCGCCAUGGGGCAAAUGUUCGCAGGCUGAAUCACUCUCCGCAAGAUUGUUUCGACUGAUGGAUCGUAAUCGCGAUGGACAGUUAAAUUUUCGUGAAGUAGUGCAAGCAAUUGGACUCACUGCAACCGCUGAUCAAACUCAACGAUUAAAAUUGCUUUAUACUCUUCAUUUGCCGCCACUAUUGUCGCCAGUAGAUUUUGAAUCGCCGACACAUUCGUCAGAUGGCGCAGAAGUUGCAGCGGAGGCAACGGAUUUUUUCGAUAGUAUGGAAAAAAGUGCCGCGGCAUCUUUGGAACUUCCGCUAACAAUUGCUGAUGAAUUGGCAUCCAGUGAAUUGUCACGAUCGACAAGUUGCAAUAGUCAAGCCGAUCAAUCGUGGGAGGUGCAAAGUAUGGGCAGUUUUCGUUCAAUGAUCGCGUCAAAAGAUGGUUUUCUCGAUUUGAAAACAGUGCCAAAAAUGUCGCAACGACAUUUUAUUGCAAUGAUGAAGACAUUAUAUGAAAUGUUUCACGCUCAACCCGAUGAAGCCGAUACAAUUUGCCUCGCUAGAAUUGAAGCCUUAUUACUUCAACUCGGCGAUGUUGGCAAAAAAUUCCAAUUGGAUCGAGAAGAAUCCGAUGACAGUUUACUUGUAACUACUUCAAUUGCCGCUCAAUCGUCAUCGCCAAUCGCAAGGUCGCCCGACAGCAAUGGAAAUCCCUCAUGCCUUCCAUCGUCAAUGGAUCCCGAAUGGUCUAUCACUGUGGAACAAUUUUUAGCAUCCGCAUUAACUGGACAGUCGAUUGUUGAUUUUUUCAGUAAACGUGUCAAUUUAAUUGACGCAAUACAAGUUCUUCGUAAUCGUCGUUUUAACAGCGUUCAUUCACUAUCCGAGACAUUUAACGUAUGACGUUCGUUGCGCGGUGGUGACGAUAAUAAUGAACCGUUUGAAUGCACAGUUCAUAAGACUGGAGAUUAAAAAAAAAAAAGUAAAACAAAUUUCUUUUUUACCUUUUAAAAAAUAUUACAAAAACUAAAAGAAAAAAAUAAUAUCAAUUUACCAACAAAAAAGGAUUAUUGGCAAACAAAAAAAAGAGAAAAAUCCUUUUUCUUGUUUUAUAUAUAUAAAAAAAGUAAGGCCUCGAUAAAAGAAAAUUGUAAAUUGGCUAAUUCAUUUCCAAAAUUUUUCUUUCUUUUAUGUUCUUUUUUUGUUGAUUUUUCACUGAAAAAAAAGUUUAUUUUUAACACUCAAUUUUAAUGUAUGGAACAAUUUUUUUUUUUAUCUAUUUUUAAAGAAUAUUUUUUAUUAACUUCUCAUUUAAAUAGAAAUAAUUUUUAAUUCACAUUUUUUUUUAUAAAUUUUUCUUUUUUUCAUUAUUAAAAUUGAAAUUUUUUUUCUUUACUAUAUGUAAAACAUUAAUUUUACAAUUAUAAUUUUUCUCUACUCUUAAUUAUACACAAUUUUAGUUUUUUUUCCCCUUGGGGGAAAAAAAUAGUUGUUUUAUUUUUAUGAAUUAUUAUGCAAAAAAGUUAAAAAUUUAUUUUGAAAAUAUUUUUCUGAUAAUUGUUCGUUUUAAGCGACAAUAUUUAUAGUGUUUUCUUAUUGAAACUCUAUUUUAUAUAGAUCAAUUUUUAUUUUUCUAAGAGUUGCGCGUAUUUCUAU